UAGUUAUUGGUUCCCUUCUCAUUAUUUCAUACUAUCUAGCCAGUGUACGUACCACCUAAAUAUUGGAGAUGGGUUAGCUAGCGCUUUGGGGUGGGACAACGGUAUCGUUUUAGCACCACUGGGAGCUGAUGUUACAGGACCACAACUUGUUGCAGCUGUAGCAAAUGCCGGAGGCGUUGGUUUUCUGGCUGGCGCAUCUAAUAAUUAUGAUAUGCAAGUGAAGUCCAUAAAGGCUACGAAGAAGCUCACAAGUAAGCCAUUCGGAGUUGGUGUUUUGUUGGAAUGGGACCAAUCUAAUAGUACCAGGGCCAUAUUUGACGAAAAGCUCGCGUGCAUGCAAGUUUACUGGGGAGACUAUCCCAAAUAACUGGUGGAUGAAGCACAUAAAAAUGGAGUCCAGAUCGUUCAUCAGGUAGGUUCAGUUGCCGAAGCAGAAAAAGCAAUUGCCGCAGGUGUUGACUGUAUCAUGGCACAGGGCUUUGAAGCUGGGGGGCAUAUCAGGGGAAGUGUUAGUGUCAUUGCUUUGGUUCCCAGAAUUGUUGAUCUAAUCGGUGAUAAGAAAACAACAGUAAUUGCUACUGGAGCAAUUGCAGACGCUCGUGGUUUUGUUGCUGCCCUAGCACUGGGAGCUAACGGAAUCGGUGUGGGAACAAGAUUCAUAACUACACCUGAAUCAUAUGCACAUGAUUACUACAAGCAACAACUGCUGCAUUAUACUGAAGCUGAUACAGAUUACACAGACCUAUACAGUCGUGCCAGCUGGUUCGCAGCGACUCGUGUUAUUAACACACCUUUCCAUCAGAAAUGGAAACCAGUACAACAGGAUGUCUCAAACAAUGAUGAUCAACCUAUCAUUGGUUACUCUAUCAUUCAUGAAAAUGAAACGGUUCUUCGUCGGUUUGCAGGACAAGUGGCGAACCAGACCACCGCUGGGGAACUUGAUCAAAUGGUCAUGUAUGGAGGGCAAGGCGUUGGCCUUGUGCACGAAAUCCUUCCUGCCGCUGACAUCAUUAAGAAUUUCAUCGAGGGCGCUGAAAAGAUUAUCAAGGGUCUUGGUACCGGCCUCUCUGGGUAGCGGCCUCUCUGAACCACCAGUUGGAGUUGCUGCUGUUUCAAUUGCGUGGGGUUUUAUUUAUGCAUACAGCUUCAUAUUUUCAUAUAAAUUUGGAUUUCAUAAUAAGCUUAACUU